CCGAGAAGGAGCCCGAAAUGCCGGACCCCAAAGAGGAAAGUGAGGACGACGACAAGGAGGAGGACGAUGAGGAGGAAGAAAAAGAAAAGAGUCUCAUUGUGGAAGGCAAGAGGGAAAAGAAGAAAGUAGAAAGGUUGACAAUGCAAGUCUCUUCUUUACAGAGAGAGCCAUUUACAAUAGCACAAGGAAAGGGGCAAAAACUUUGUGAAAUUGAAAGGAUACAUUUCUUUCUCAGUAAAAAGAAAACAGAUGAACUUAGAAAUCUGCAUAAACUGCUUUACAAUAGAUCGGGCACAGUGUCCUCAUUAAAGAAGAAUGUGGGUCAGUUCAGUGGCUUUCCAUUUGAAAAAGGAAGUAUCCAGUAUAAAAAGAAGGAAGAAAUGUUGAAAAAAUUUAGAAAUGCCAUGUUAAAGAGCAUCUGCGAAGUUCUUGAUUUGGAGCGAUCAGGUGUAAAUAGUGAAUUGGUGAAGAGGAUCUUGAAUUUCUUAAUGCAUCCAAAGCCUUCUGGCAAACCAUAACCAAAAUCUAAAAAAACUUCUAGCAAAAGCAACAAAAAGGAACGGAACAGUUCUGGAAUGGCAAGGAAAACUAAACGAACCAAAUGUCCUGAAAUUUUGUCAGAUGAAUCUAGCAGUGAUGAAGAUGAAGAGAAAACCAAGGAAGAGUCUUCAGAUGAUGAAGAUAAAGAAAGUGAAGAGGAGCCACCAAAAAAGACAUCUAAAAUGGAGACACCUAAACAGAAAGCCACUCCGAAAAGUAAAAAAUCUGUAAAAGGUGCUAAUGUAAAGAAGGCGGAUAGCAGCACCACCAAGAAGAAUCAAAACAGUUCCAAAAAAGAAAGUGAAUCUGAGGGUAGUUCAGAUGAUGAGCUUUUAAAAAAAUUGAAGAAACCUCCUACAGAUGAAGAGUUGAAAGAAACAGUAAAGAAAUUACUGGCCAAUGCUAACUUGGAGGAAGUCACAAUGAAGCAGAUUUGCAAAGAGGUUUAUGAAAAUUAUCCUGCCUAUGAUUUAACUGAAAGAAAAGAUUUCAUAAAAACAACUGUUAAAGAGCUAAUUUAUUGAGAGAGAGGAUAGAUAACUUGUUCCAUGGAUUUAAGGAUCUGAUUUAUACCAUUAUACCAGCAGAGAGAAUGUAUUUCCUUUUUUUAAAUCUUUGCAAGCAUUGUGUUGGUCCAGCUUACUGCGGACUUUUUUUAUCUUGAGUGUUAUGUAAAUUUGAGUUUGCCUUUUAAAAUUGCAUAUCUAUGCAGUUUUUAGCUUAAAAUUUUGCAUGGCAGUAAUUGUUCCUUGCUUUUAUAGUCA